AUGGAUUAUCCUGAUGGAGAUCAUGCGGAACAUCCGCCUCCCUCGCCUGAGUUCGCCUAUCCAGACAUCGACGAGACGGUACACUACCCAUGGCAGGGUCCUCAAUCAACAGUCCCAGGAGAAGCUCCCUUACAAUCUGUAAUAGAUCCUCGUCUAUACAGAGACUUGUUCACUCGCAGCGAAUCGCAUUUACCUGACCAAAAUGGUAUGGACUUUGAAGAAGAUGGCGAGAAUGCCGUGGACUAUGACCAGAUGGAUGACUCUGCUGAAGACUCGAAUUAUGAGUAUUCAGCAGAAGAGACCUCAACGGAGGAAGAGCCUUCAGAUGUGGGUGAAGGCGCCGCAGAGGAUGGCGACGAUGGUUCUGUCGGACGGAGGAGGCGCCGCAGACGAGGCACAGGGCCCUUUUCGGGUCGAUGGGGUGCGCGUGGUGGAAAAGGCAUCAAAAGAGGACCCCGAAAGCCACUGGAGCCCAGUCCGGAGUUCAAGAUGCUGCACUCGGAAGCUACCUCGGCCUUCAUUGAUGGCGACUAUGACCGUGCCAUCGAACUUGUGAAGCGUGCGAUCCAAAUCAAUCCUGAAAUGUUUGCGGCCCAUUCGCUGCUCUCGGAGAUUUUCCUGGCGCAGGGCCAGAAAGACAAAGCUUUAACCGCUCUGUUCAACGGAGCUCAUACGCGGCCCAGAGAUGCGUCGGUGUGGUCCAAAGUGGCAAAGAUGAUCCUGGAACGCGCUGGCGACGAUCGGCCAACUGCCCUGAACGAUGUCGUUUAUUGUCUGAGCCGUGUAAUUGAUAUUGAACCCAAGAACUACAAUGCGCGAUUCCAGAGAGCAGCUGUCUAUCGAGAACUCGGCCACAACGGCCGCGCUGCCAUAGAAUACGAAAGAAUACUCCGGGAGAUCCCGCAUAACACCAGAGCUUUGCGGCAUUUAGCGGAGACAUACAUUGACCUCGAAGAUGUCCAAAAGGCCGUGGCCCAGUGGGCAGUCAGUGUCGAGUACUACAUGACUCUGGAUCCAGACGACACCCCCGACUUUUCUUGGUCCGAUGUCAAUAUCUAUGUCGAGUUAUACAGCUACCUGGGCCAACAUGAACAGGGAUUGAAAGCCCUCAGGUCCGUCUCCCGAUGGCUCCUUGGUCGGAGAGAUGAUACCAUGUGGGAGGAUUUCAACGAAGACGACCGCGAAUGGGAUGCCACUGACUCGCCACGGCGUAUCAAAGUCGAUGGAUAUAUCCCGGGACGCUGGCCGCGAGAUUCAUAUGGGCUAGGGCUCCCACUUGAGUUGCGGAUAAAGCUCGGUCUGUUCCGGUUAAGAAUGGGCUAUGAUCACAAGGGUGAGGCGUUACACCACUUCUCCUGGUUGAAUCCUGACGACACUUCUGAGGGCGCCAGACUUCAUGAUUAUGGCGACCUGUUCCGCGAGGUUGCCGAUGCGCUCAAAGAAGUCGGUCUCUUGGACGAAGCGCUGCGGUAUUAUACACCGAUCCAACAAACCGCCGAGUAUGCGGAUAUCAGCUACUUCAUGGCUAUGGGAGACUGCUUCAUGCAGUUGGACAAUCUCGAAGAAGCGGAAAAUUGCUAUCUUACCGUAGCAGAGCACGACGCGAGAAACAUUGAAUCGCGCGCCCACCUGGCAAGGCUGUAUGAAAGCAUUGGGAUGAACGAACAAGCACUGAGAUAUGUCAAUGAAGCCGUUUUGCUAGGACGACAGGAAACCAGGUCUCAUCGCCGGAGGAAAGAUACUCGACUUGAGCAGCUUGCGCUAGAAUUCGGCGUCGAGACCGAUCCAGAAUUUACGGGGCUGGGGGCAGUUGCACAGCCUGAAGGUCCUGAGGGCCUACCCUCAAGACUUACUACUGCGCCUAUCGCGGCCACGAAGAAAAGUAUGGAAGACCUGGAGGGGGCAAGGACGCAGCUUGUCCAAUUUCUGUAUGAAAAGUUAUUGGCACUCCAGCCAGGUGUCAAACAUGGCAAUGUCGAAGCCACUGAGGAUUGGCUUGACAUUGCAGAUGCUUUACUGCGUGAAUUUCGCUCAAACCGUGUGUUUUACCCGAUGCAGCGCAAUGUGGUUUUCUUGGGCUAUUCUAGGGAGACGCAAAGGAAGGCGGGGAAGUAUAAGAAUAGAACCAUCAUGGACGAGAUGGAGGAGAUGGCUGGUCGUCUUCAAGAAUCUCUAGGCACGUUGGCGGAGGAGCCCCUUCAAGGAGUCGUACCAACCGACUACCAUGGUAUCAGCUUUGACGAGUGGCUAGACCUAUUUUUGCAAUAUGCCUUGGCCGUGGCAGGGCAAGGGGAAUCCGAGGAGGCAUACGAUAGUCUUGCUGCUGCCGCAGACGCAAGCAUCUGGUAUCACUCAAAACCCGACACUCGAUUGAUCCAUGUUUGCUGGUUCACAUGUGCCUUGAGGGUACAAGACGAAGAAACGCUUGCAAACGAAGCGCGCUGGUUCAUCAAAGAAUACCAGUUCGUCACUGACACUUACCGUCUUUUCUCCAUGCUGAGUCGCCUCUGCGGCGACCCUCACCGGUCCCUCUUCCAUUCCUCGCCCAACAUGAAGUUCAUGCUCCGGCAGAUCAAAGCCAUGGAUUUUUCAAUACCAGACGGCCCAAACGACUCGCGACCCAGCAAAGCUGUCCGCGAAUCAAUCUACAAGGAGCGCGCGACCCUCACCACGCGCGACGAGGCCGGCGAAGCCAUCCCCGCGGAAGAACUCGACGUCGCCCUGCUCGUGCUCUACGGCCAUAUCCUCUACUCUGGCAACAGCUUCUACCCGGCCCUCAACUACUUCUUCCGCGCCUACGCCCUGGACCCGCAGAACCCAGCCGUCCUCCUCUCCAUCGCCCUCUGCUACAUCCACCACUCCCUCAAACGCCAGUCCGACAACAGACACUACCUUAUCAUGCAAGGCAUCUCCUUUCUGCACGAGUACCGCCGCGUCCGCGAGAAGAAGGGCAGUUUCCCGCAGGAACGACAGGAGAUGGAAUUCAACUUCGCGCGUGUGUGGCACCUGCUCGGGCUCGCGCACCUCGCCGUCGAAGGAUACCAGCGCGUCCUGGCGCUCGGGGAACAGAUCCGCGCGGCGACCCAGCAGCACAUCGCGGGAGCAGCAGACGGCAAGGACGUGGUCAUGGAAGAUAUAGGGUCCGAGGACCGCGGGCCUCCGUUCGUGUUCGUGGAGGACUUCACCCGCGAGGCGGCCGUCGCGCUACAGAAUAUCUAUGCGCUGAGCGGGGAUCUUGCAUCGGCCCGCGAGGUGACGGGUAAAUUCUUGGUCAUUUAG